AGUCGGUCAGUGCGCGUCGAACGAGGAGGAAGGAGGUAUCGUAUCGGCUUGUCAUCCUUCUUUCACGAAUAUAUUUUCGGCAUUUCUUUCGAAUUAUAAUUUUUUAAUUACCGAAAUCAUCGUGGCGCUAUCCGCCUCAAAUUGUCUAACGUGCUUGCCAAGCCGAGUCACGAUUACGAAGUCAUUUAUUCGCGAAUGUACAAACGUGAGUGUCAUAUCCCGCGUAUUUGUCGCGUCAGUUCGUGAGUGUAUCGCGAGUGUUCGCCACGGGAAUAAUUAUGAGUGCUAUGCUACCGAUAUUAUGUGUUAUCCUGACCCUUAGCGUCACGACGACUACGGUGCGCGCCGGAUUGAAAUGUGACGCUGUCAGAUCGUACUUCGAGUCACAAGGUUUUCCGGCCACUGACAUUCCCAAGGAAGCAAUUUCAUCAAAAGAGCUGAAAGUAUGCGGGAGCGUGAGAAGCGGCGGCGAGGUGUGCUGUUCCGCGGACAUGGAGGUGAGACUGCAGGCGAGGGCACGUGACAAACAUGAGAAAGCCACCAAAGAAACUCUUCAACGGUUGCACCAAGUCCUGUCCACGAGAGGGUCCAGGUUCCACAGCUUCUUCAAGGACCUCUUCGCCAAUAGCAAGAGGGUCUUUCACGAGAUGUUUAAGAAGACUUACGGUACCCUCUACGAGCAGAAUGCGUACGUGUUCACGGACUUAUUCAAGGAAUUGGAGAAUUAUUACGCGAAGGGGACGGUCGAUCUAGACGACACGAUGGACAAUUUCUUCAACACCCUGUAUCAAAAAAUGUUCACCGUGUUGAACAGCCAGUACAAUUUCGACAAUAAAUACAUGGAGUGCGUGGGGGAGCACAUGAAAGAAAUCAGGCCGUUCGGCGACGCCCCGCAGAAACUCGGGGUGCAGAUCAAGAGAUCGUUCGUUGCGACGAGGGCUUUCAGCCAGGCCCUGACCGUAGCUGCGGACGUCUUGAAGAACAUGCAAUCGUUGAAGCCGUCGGCGGAGUGCGCAGCUGCGCUCACGAGGAUGACCGUCUGUCCUUCGUGCAGCGGGAUCGCCGGCAACGUGUUGGCGUGCGGCGACAUGUGCGCCAACGUGAUGAAGGGUUGCCUUGCCCAGCAUGCGGCUCUGGACACUGAAUGGAAUCACUUCGUCGAGGCCGUGGACAAAGUGGCGGACCGGCUGUUGGGUCCUUUCAACAUCGAGAUGCUGGUACGACCGCUCAACUUGAAAAUCUCGGAGGCGAUCAUGAACUUCCAGGAGAACAGUAACGACGUCUCCCAAAGAGUGUUCACCGGCUGUGGUCGACCCGUGUUGGGGAGGCGUAGACGCCGGGACAAUCGGGAGUUGGAACUCGAAUCGUUGAAUUUCGACCAGGACACGCUGACGGACGAUCGCGUCUCGGCUGCGGCUAUUCUCGACAAAUUGGUGAAAGAGACGCGGCAGAGAGUCAGAGAUUCGAGGCAAUUUUGGGUUUAUCUGCCUUACAAGAUUUGCAACGACGGCCUCGUCGUGCCUCCUAGCAACACCAAGGAAUGCUGGAACGGCACGCACGUCGACAAAUAUAUUUAUCCGGUGUCGUCUAACGGCGAGGAUCAGAAAUUGAAUCCAGAAGUGCUUAGCACGGGAUCAAGGCCGACAAUCGUCAGGGACCAGGUCUUCGCGUUGACCACAAUCACGAAUAGACUGAAAUCCGCGUACAACGGGCAGGACGUUGAUUGGAUAGAUACGGAGGACACGGAGUGGAACGGUUCCGGAAGCGGGUCCGGGGACAGCACGGACCAGGAUCCGAUCACGGACGACGAGGACGGUUUCAAGGAGGGUUCCGGUUACGAGCCAAAGUAUUCGCCCUCGGAGACCCCCAAACCCCCGCCCGUUCACCCGGAAGUGGUGCCUCCCAGGGUGGAAGUGGACCAGAAGACGAGCGUCACCUCGAAUAACAACAACAGCAAUAACAACAACAACAGCAACAGCAACAACGGCACGUCCAGCGUGGAUAGCGGGGCGAGCAGACAGAAGAUAUCUCUGUCACGCGCUCUGACGACGUACCUCGUGCCCAUAGUGGUGAUGUGGUUCGGUGGCUGCCUCACCGAGUGGCUGUGAUCGGAACGAAAAGAACGUGCGAGGAACGGAUGUAAAUAGAUUAUUGCUUUGAAAGAAAUGAAAAAAAAAAAGAGAAAAAAAAAAACUAUACCAGCUCCCCUUCCCCCUCGAUUGGCGCACGGAAGAAAUGGCGGCCAGUCGAGAGAACGUCGCUUUUCCAAACGCGAUGCGUGUUUUUCCCUCUCCUCCCCCUUUUUUUCUUUCUUUCUUUCUUUCUAUCUUUCCCCUCUAUCCCCCCUUUUUGAAAAAUACGCAUCCCUGUCGUUUCGACGAAUCCAAAAAAAUCCAAUGGGAUUUCGUAUCGAUACGAUCGUCUCGCUGGUGCACCCCUUGGAGGAGAGGAUGAGGAGGAGACUGGAGAUUCGUUGAAGAAAAUAAAAAAAGAAAGAAAAAGAAAAAGGAAAGGGAUAUCGAGCUGGGAUAGUCGACUUCCGGAGACUUUUCACGGAUCGACGAGCGUGCCUUCAUCGACGAGUGGCAUGAUCGGCUCGAGGAGGGUUGUUAGGGGUAUAUUUUCUUUUUUUUUUUUUUUUUUCCCCUCCCUUUUGGAGGGUUGUUACGUUUUCUUGCGCCACUGUCGAAGGAGAACUCGCGGAGAAAGAAAUAUUAAGAUUCUGUUUCGUUGGGUUUUCAAAAGGGUAGUUGGUGUAAUCUUGUAGUUUGUUCCUCUCUUCGAGGAGGAUUCUAUUUUUCCUAGGUUUUCUUUUUCCGUUAACAAUGAGCAAGAAGUUAAGUGUCUCCUUCUCGAAAUUCGAUGGAAAAAUUUGAGACGCAGUGGCGUAGGAUGAACUGGGGGGGAAGGGAGAGGGGGCUGAACCGAAUGGCCUUGAACGUUAAAGGAGGAAUAAAAAGGACUGAUUAUCGAGCGUCGUAUUUCUCUUCCCAGCUGCUUUUUCCUGGAACGGUAUGAAUUAUAGGUUGAAGGGAGAAACAAUCGAUUAGAACGGUAGAUUUCGAUGACAAACGAGACAUUGAAACGUUUGUGUUUUUAAGUAGUAAGGAAAGAGGAAAGGAGAAAAAGAUGGACCUGUUUUCACCCGAGGAUAAUAAUAUCGAUAUUAUUUUUUAACUCGAGAACCGUCUCUUGUUGAUCAAUGUUGUUCGAGGAGUUGUGAAUGGUGAAUAAUAAAGGAUUUUUGUGGUGAAUGAAAGAUUAUGAGAUAGAUUGGGACGAUGAGUGACGAGUGUGAUAAAAAUUCGUUUAAAAAAAAAAAAAAAAAAGAAAGAAAGAAAUAAUAUUCUCGAUACACUUGCAAUAUUCGAUAUUCUUCAAUUGCUAGGUAAAGAUCGACGAAAAGAAAAAUUUACUCGAUAUCAAUUUUCUUUCGUCUACGAUCUUGGACAUCCUUCCUUUCCAAUUUUUUUUUUUCUCUCGUUCUUUUUUGCAUUACUUACUUAGGAUAUUAAUUCUAUCAUCCGCCAUUCGGGCAAAAUCGUCCUAUAAAAUUCGUAACGUCGACGAAACAAAGUGUCAAAGUGUGUGGAAACGAGCGGUCGAGAAUGGGCUCCUGUGAUAAAGAAAGAAGAAAAGUUAAAAAAAAGAAAGAAUAGGAGAAAAAUGUAAUAAAAAUGAAAAGAGAAAGUAAACGAUGGCCGUCAUCACACUCUGGCGACGUCGAGGUUAAAACACGAAAAGACGAAAAAAAAAAAAAAAGAGAAGAGACAUUCUAUACAAAUCUAGUGAAAAUAUUCAAAUAAAUAUUAACGAAUAAUUAUUUGUAAUUAUAUUAUUAUAUAUAUUAUUAUAAUUAUUGCAAAGUGAAAUUAAUAUAAAAAAAAAAUUAUAACGUUGCGUUCGGGACAAGUGGUAAAGUAUAGAUAACAAUGGUGCACCGGUUCUUUUCUUCUUUUCUUCUCUCUCUGUCGUCGUUGGGAAACAACGUCGUGGUUUCCGUAUGGGACGAGGAGAGGAAAGGAGUGGAACUCCAUGCACGUGUAUGGAAUUCUUGUUGGACGAAGAAAGAACGUAUUUUUUUUUUUUUUUUUUGAAAAGAGAAAAUCGUGAUAAAAUUUUUCGAUUCUUCUGAACUCUGAUCAAGCGGAGAGAGACUAAAAUAUUUAUCGCGGUGUUCGAUAUCGGUUAUGUUAUUAAGAAUUAAGAAGAAAUACGAAGAGAAGGAUACGAAGAACAGGGAACAGGGUUUUUUUUACCGCGAAACAAUUUACGGACCAGUAAAUCGACCUUCUUGAAAAGCUGAUCGGGGAGUUCCUUCCGAGUUCGACAAAGAGGAGCACCCUUACGUUGUAAGCCUUACCUUGUCGAAUCAAUGUGACUUAUCGCUAAAUAAGUAGUCUUACGACGUGUCUGUCGAUCUUAUCCUUUCCGCGAGGAAAGUUUGAUCGACUCCACGGUUCGUUUUUUUUAACUUUAUCGAUACUGUCGAUCUAAUCAAUCAAUGGAUGAAACUACACAGAAUUAUUUAUAGGGGAAAAUAUAAAUUUACGAUUGUUGAUUAUACGAAAGGAAGGAGAGGGGGGGGAAACGGAAGAAUCGAAGGAGAAAAUAAUUCUCUUCGCGAGUAUCAAUCCAUCGAGUGUCGAUAAAGUUACAGAACGAAUAACGUAUUCGAAUUAAAGAGUACAUUUACGUUUUCUUACUAUUAUUCUUAGUACUGUAUUUACGUUGUUCGCUAUUGUAAAGAGAGAGAGAGAGUGUGUGUGUGCGUGUGUGUAUAACGAGCAAGAAGCAAGAUCGUUUUAAGAUUACGUGACAUUUUUAUUUUUUAUUUUUAUUUUUUUUUUUUUUAUUUAUUAGACUAGCCCACUGUAAUCAAUUAAACAGACUCAAUAAUCUAUCGAUUUUUACCUUAAUGAUCUUAUACGUACGAUGAGCGUAUAAAUAGAAGAUACGAGUGCGUUUGGCAGAGCUGUCUGUAACAACAAUCAACGUGAACUUCGAAUUUGGAUCAUGAAUUUGUAAAAAGUUGCAUCGGAAAAGAGGAAGGAAACUAUAUGCUUUUCGCGUAAUAAUAAAAGUGAUAUCUGUUGUAUGAAAGAUCGAUCGGAUGUUUAUGCGAUUGAUGAUUUGAUUGAGAAAACGAGAGGAAUUGGAAGGAUGAAAUUCGCGAACUUUUUGCAAUUUCUUUUUUUUUUAUUUUACAUGUUAUUCCAAUGAGAAUGAAUGGGAAACGAUGGAAAAAUUGUGACGAAGGAAUUCGUUGUAAGAACGAGGAGGAUCUCAAAGUGCCCCAAAGUGCGAUGAAUAUGUUAAACGAAAAUGUUAAAUGAAAUUCACGAUGAGACUGUGAAAA